GGCAGGUAGGCGGCUUCCCCUUUCUCCGCAUGGGAACGUUGUUCGCCAAGACCGCCUCCAGUUUGUUUCCUGCGCUAUUCGGCCGGCAUUUGGGAGGAAGAAAUAGAUAGACGACAUUAACCAAGCCAAACCGAGCUGAUCAAUGUCGUUCUGACCCGCAGCCCACGUGCAGAUACAGUUGUUAAAGGGCCAUGGACCCCGGACGGACGCGGUUGCAAUUACUCGAGAAGUAUCCCAUCCGGCCAAUUCCUCGUUUGCAUCUCAACCCCGUAGAAGCACGCAGACCUAAGCGGUACCUGGGGCACCAACCGCUGCCCAGUGGAUUUAACGACACGCCGAAAGAGAGCCCACGGCCACACUCGCGAUGGCAAACGGCGAGAAAUGGACUGACCACUGGCGGUGUUUUGUGGCCUGUGGCAUACUAGUCCUGUCUCCCUUCCAGUAUGGCGUGGAUUUCGGUCUCAUUGGCGGCUUGCAGGCCAUGGUGGGCUUUCUCAAGAUCUUUGGCUACCAAGCCCCAAAUACGGCUCUCGGCUGGAAUCUCGACACGAUGCGGCAGCAGCUCAUAUCGUCGCUCAUGACGCUCGGCGCCUUCAUUAGCUCGGGGACAGCCGGCUUCGCCGCCAUCAAGCUCGGCCGCAAGGGGUGUCUUUGGGUCGCCUGCGGGCUCUGUGUCGUUUCCAACGUCAUCAUGAUGGCCACGGAGAAUAUAGGGGCCCUGUAUGCCGGCCGCUUCCUCAUCGGGCUCGCCAACGGCUACUUCAUGACCUUUUCGCAGCUGUACAUCCAAGAGAGCAGCCCAGCCAGGUAUCGCGGCCUGUUCCUCACGGCUUUCCAGUUCUUUACCUCGUUUGGCACCCUCAUCGGUACCAUAAUCGACUGGGCAACGGCCAAGCGGCCCGAUAAGUCGGCGUAUCUGAUCCCGCUCGGCAUGAUCUACAUCAUCCCCGUGUUCCUGUCGGUUGCCAUGAUGUUCAUUCCCGAGUCGCCGCGCUGGCUCAUCAACAAGGGCCGGUACGAGGAGGGCCGCAAGGCGCUGGAAUGGCUGCGACCUAAAGGUGCACUCGUCAACGACGAGGCCGCCGAGAUACAGGCGGCCAUUGAGACAGAGAAGGAGCUCGGUAGCAGCGUCACGGCGCUCGAUAUGUUUAGGAACCCCAGCGACAGGCGACGCACUCUUCUGGCUGUCUGCGCCGUCACACUGCAGGCCGCGUCGGGUUCCAUGUUCAUCAUCGCAUACAAGGCAUACUUCCUGGGCAUGUCCAAGGUGCAGGACCCGUUCGCCAUGAGCAACGUGCUGAGCACCAUGGGCAUCCUGGCCAUCUUCCUCAACUCGCUGAUCGUCGUUCGCUACGGUCGCCGCCGCGUCAUCCUCAUGAUAGGCCUUGGCGUGUGCGGCAUCCUGCAGCUGAUCAUCGCCGUCACGUACGACAAGCGGCCGGGCGAGACGUCGACAGGCACCGUCCUCGUCGCCCUGACCUGUCUGUACAUGAUGAGCUACAACGGCAUGAUCUCGACCUACGCGUGGCUGGCCGGCGGCGAGAUGCCGUCGCAGCGCCUGCGCAGCUACACGUUUGGUCUGGCCGCCGCCGCCGGCUUCUUCUUUGCUUGGCUGACCACGUUCACGGCGCCCUACUUCAUCAACCCGCAGUCGCUCAACUGGGGCCCGCGCUACGGGUACAUUUGGUUCCCGUCGUGCAUCGUGGCCGGCGUCUGGGUCUUCUUCUUCCUCCCCGAGACCAAGGGCCGGACGCUCGAGGAGAUUGACGAGAUGUUCGAGGCCAAGCUAUCCGCGCGCAAGUUCCGGAAACACAUCUGCGUCGGCCACGUCCCCGUCGACCCCAAGAUCCUCAACGAGGACCUGCGAGUGUCGUCCGAGCACGAAAAGUCUCGCGCCGACGUCCAGCAUGCCGAGCUUGAAGCCAAGGCUUAAUUCACGACGAGAGUGGAAUGGACGGUGCAAUGUAUACCAUACCGUUGAUAGAUUGCUGCUGGUUCCGCGCGAUGGUAUACUUCGACUAUCAAAGCAUGUAUAAUCACAACCAAAAUAUGAUGUUUAAGUUUAUUUAAUUUAGAUCUCUUAGGUGGGCGCGAGCUCGGCAUCUUUCGCCGUUCAAUAUCCCUCACUUCGAAGAGGCAUUACACUAUUACAGAGCGACAACAGGCCUCGACACGGGCGAUCCUGCUCCUCCCGAUGACUCUGCCGUCCAAGGCGGUCCAGUAGAGGAUACCGGAGCAAUUUAUAGCGUCAGGAUUGGGAUCCGGCACUUCUCGAAUGGGCGACUGAGGUAGAACACCACGUGGUACUACGUAGUGCUUUAUGUAAACCUGAGAACUAAUUAGUCCAGGAACGAAGAGAGGGGGAGGUGAUUUGAAGCCGUAGUAUAGAGUUAGUUCGUAAUAAUUGCAUCGAC